GGUCGAACUAUCAUCCCCUUCAGAAAUAUUUAAUGAAAGUGUACUGGAAUUCAAUCCAGGUAACAAUAAAGAAAAAUCAAUAAAUUUCUCUAACCAAAUAUCGGCCUUAAUUUUAUCCGACACAUGGCUGGAAAUUGAUGUUGGAGGUAUGGGCGCUUGCGAUAUCAAGGGAGUGUCGUUACCUGUAUUAAAUAGGUCAUCAGCCAGUAUUGAAAACACUGACGGGCCUGGAGCAGCUGGGGUAUCUUCAGGUGACCAAGCCGAUGUUGAUGCAGUAGUAACGGUUGACAUUGAUGCAUUAACAACUGCUGGCGUUGCUGUAUCUUCUAGUGACUCCUGUUCAAGUACCACAUUUGUUGACGAAGGAGGGGUGGGCACCUUAGUUGCCUGGUCUCUUGACAGAUGCUGAAUGGACUUUCCCCCUUUUGCCUGUCUGUUUCACCACCGUGCCUUUCUUCAGUAAUUUCCUAACCAGAAUCUCUGUUAGGCGGUCUUCUGCUGAUGUCAUCGGCGCAGAGGAAUCUGUACCCUCCUGUUCCGAAUCGCUGGACGGACAUCUGCGUUUAGGCAUGAUUCUGAAAAAACAAACUAUAAUACAAGAAAACCUGAAAGCAAAACAAAGGCAACAAAAGUUCCACAGAAAAACAAACGUUGCACAGGAAAGCAACAGUUCCAUCAUAGGAAAAAGCACAGAGUUUCAUAAGGAAGGCAAAAGUUCCAUAAGGAAAAGCAAAAAGUUCCAUAAGGAAAAGCAAAACAUUGCAUAGGGAAAAGCAAGAAGUUCCACAGGGAAAGCACAAACUUCCGUAGAAAAAGCAAACAUUCCACAGGGAAAGCAAAAGUUUCAUUUUAAUGGCAAGAGUGUUGCAGGGAAAGCCAAAGUUAUGCAGAAAAGCACUAUUUCCAUCGGAAAGCCCAAUCAAUUGGCUAGCAUGAGCUUACGAGAACACAAUAAGCCAAUCAUAAAUUUUUUGCACAACUAAGCUUACAACAACAAACUGGGAAGAAAACGGCAACCCAUGUGCUAGCUGGUCUUUCAAGGCCUGGGUAGUUCUUGUGAUAAUGAAGUGGUGGGUGACAGCAAUUGAUACCAUCUCAUGUGUCUUAGCAAAGCGUCUCGGAUGCUUUUCAUAAAUAAAAUACAUCCGACAGAAUCCGACAAGUGAAUGCCCUGCGAAUCAUAAAUAUAUGCAACUGGCUGACAUAAGCCCGAUCUGUGUUUCCAAAAAGUUACGUUAGGGAAAUGUUGACACAACAAUGACAAACGAUAAUUAGUUUGAAAAACAUGAUCAUUAUAUUGUUCAUCAACAACCACGUGACGUUUUAUCAGUUGCGAUAUUAUCACACCUUGGGGACAGAACGUACUUAAAAUGUCCAAAGCAAAGUCAACAAUGGCAUGUGCAAAGAUGUCCGGCAACACUGACGAAUCACAUAAAUCGUUCGAACCCAAAUGAAGAAAUACGAUAUCUGUAUUUAAAAAAACGGUCAAAGCCCUUAUACAAUCGCUGGAAUCUGUCGUUCAAAACGCACAACCCACCAUAACCGAAACACGAAAUAGAACACAGAUAGAGUGGCAAAUGUAAAUUAGAAUGCACACCGCGUAAUUGUGGAAUUAAACGUUUGAUAUACGACGAACCAAACAGAGUUAUCUUGAUAGGAACAAAAGGAAAUGUAUCCAUAUCCAAAUCUAACGACGCAAACAUCGUGCCAUGCGAAGCACAAACUGCCAUAUCACAGAGCCGCCAUUUUAAAAACGAAACAAAGGAAUCGAGCAAAUGGUAUGCGCGCGUAAAAGUUUAAACGACACGAAGCACCACAGAAUUAAUUACGUACACAAAGUUUUGUAACCGACACUGUAUCCACGUUACCUCUGGAGUAAACACAACAAGUUUGAAAACUGCGAACUAUACUGCCAUAUCAUGGGAUCACCAUUUGAACAGAACAAAGGGAUCGUGCCAGAUGCUGUGAAAGGGAUGAGAAAGUUUAACAACACGUAGCCCCACGGAACUAAUUACGUAAAAUAAAAGUUUGUAAAAUAAAAGUUUGCACCGAAAACGUUAUAAUAAAGUUACCUCUGAAGUAAGCAAAGCAAAGAAGUUGAAAUUAAGCACUGCAGACAACACUAAAUAAAAGCACAAUUCUUUCCCCAAACAAACACAUGCAAAGCAAUUAGCUAAAGUGCCGUAGAACCCGUUGUCUCAAGUGUGUAGAUCCUGUGACCUAAUUAAUGGCGUCUUUAGUCUGAAACAAAUGAUUAUGAAGAUUCUGAUUGGCUGAAUCACACAAAUGUUAUUAUGUACCAUAAUUUGUAUUUGUUGAACAUUUUUUGACGAAAAACGUAAUUUAACGGUUUCGGGAACGUUAAAGACGCUCAAAGUGGUUGAAAUACUUAUGAAUUAUUCCGAAUCAGAUUAUAUCGAUGACACCGAUUCUGAAGACGAUAUUUCUGAUGAAAAAGAUUUAGAAUGAUUUGCAAAUUAUAGAUCAACAUAUCCCCAGCAACUUUUUUAUUGGUGUCAAGAGUCUAUCACUUAUAAUUAUUCAGCAGUAGUCGAUUGAAAUAGGCAUACAAAAUAUUUCACGUCAGCCUUUAUUUAGCCUGACCACUUGACGUCAUAACGUCAAAAUGACGUCGACCAGUUAAGGGUUAAAGCGGUAAAAAUAAGUAAAAUCCAAGAUGGCCGACAUUCGUCAAAUCAAUGUAGAAGAAAAUCCAAUAAUUGUAAUAUGAACGUGUAAAUUAAUGUUUUGGGGGGUCAUUCUUAAAGCAGUAAAAUCGGGUAAAAUCCAAGAUGGCUGACAUUUGUUUAACCAAGGUACACAAAAAAUCUAUAAUGGUUGAUUUUUAAGACCCAAUUAAUGUAUAAUGAAUGUAUAAAUGAAUGCUCUUGGUUUCAUUCUAUCAUUUGGAGAUAUAGCAAGUAGCCUAGUAUUAGCUGGUCCCUUAAAACGGUAAAAAUAAGUUAACUCCAAGAUGACCGACAUUUGUCAAAUCAAUAUUUAUGGUUAUAGUGAAUCUCCCAGUUAGUAGUACCACUAGUUAGUGGGUCAUGGGGGAACAGACUGUGCUACUGUUCUGUCAACUCUCACAAAACAGACAUAAUUGAUAGGCAGAUCUCGAGAUUCUGUCCGAUUGACUGUCUAAUCCUCUCAUUCACAAGAAUUUGACCAUAGCAAUGAUCUCAAAAGCCAUUCUCAGUGUUAUAUAUGGGUGGCAAUGCAUAUAAUACUGUAAUAUGAAUGUAUAUAAACUUUUUUACAUUCAAUGGUUUCCGUUUUUACUCCAAUUUCAAAUCAGUUAUGUUCGGCGAAAUAAGCCAGCAGUCUCAAGCGAGUGCAAAUUUCUAGCGUCUGGUUAUUCCAGUCUACAUACGCCGUUUGAUUUGGUGCAAUGUGUCUAGCCUUGUCCCUCGAGGCUCUUGAUACAACUGGGGCUGAAGCGCAUUUUGGUACAUGAUUCGUGUACCAAUGGUAAAAUGUUUAUUUUGUCUUAAAUAUUGGAUAUCAAAAGCCCAUCUUUUUCCAGUAAGAUCACAACAUCAAUGUUAGAGACUUAGCUACUUGAAUAAAACUACUUUCUGUUAAGAUAACGAACCACAAACAACUAUAUAGGCAAUAUGAUUGAUGCACUUUGUGGGGUGGGAUCUAUGCUCAUUGUGGGGUGGGAUUAUGGAUGGCACCCUAGGUUUGGAACCACCCCCACCCUAUUCACCACAUCUAGAUCUGCACAGGCGUUACCUUAAGGUCCUAUGAAUGUAUAACAGUAAAUGUGAUGCAAACUAUAAUGUGGUAUAGCCCAGCAGUUAACGAAAAGCACCCUCAUGUGUCUUAGAAAUCAUAGAGACGGCAUAACCAUUCAUUCUAUGAAGAACAAAUUGGUAAAUAAUUUCUUGCGCAUCUUUUUUCGUGUCUUACUUCACUCAUCUUUCAGGACAUUAGGUUAUUGGGUGUAGGGACCCCAGAACGUGUAUAUACCAAAUAUGCCAGUAGGUGAUGAAGAAGUGCAGAGUUACGAAUAUAUGUAAAGUUGGGUUCGCGUCAACAUGUUUUGGGUAGUGGAUUCCCGAAAAUGGUAUAAGGAACCACUUGACACCACUGGGCAUAUCUUCAAAUGAAAUAAAGGCCCCCAAAAUAUUAAUUUUGAGACCAAAAUUGCUAUUUUAUGAUAAAACUGUGAAGAGUUAUGCCCUUUUAUAAAAUUUGGAUUCUGGGCAGCAUGUUUCUCAGGUAAUGAAAUCCCCAAAAAUGGUUCAAGGGAGCACCAGACAUCUAUGAAAACCAUGCCCUCAUAUAAAAGUGUGACCCCGACAACCUAAUGCAAGCCCUCAGUUUCAUGUGCUUCUCUUAAAAAUUGACUACUUUUUGUUUGUCUGAAGUUGUACCUUUUAAAGGAAAAUGGCUUAAAUCCCGAACUUUACCCUCAAAAUUUGGAACUUUCCGGUACUCCAAUUUUGGUAAACUUUUAGGAUGUCAUUCAGUACACCCAACGCUACCAAAAACCAUCAAAAAACCUUUUCUUGCAAUUUUUGGGGGGUUGACCCCCUUUUUUUCAUAAAUUGACUGGACUAUUUCCGUUUAUUAUGUCUAGACUUAUGGCCCUUGUUUCAUCCGAUCUUUGUGAAAUUUAUAUGCAUUAUUUAAAUUAGUGAAACGAAGAAGCCUAAUGAAUUUCAGCAAUUUCCGUUUAUUACAUCUAGAGUUAUGGCCCUUUUUUCACUUUAUUGAACCUUGUGAAUGCUCUAACGCCAGAAGUUAUCAUCCGAUCUUUGGGAAAUUUAUAUGCAUUAUUUGAAUUAGUGAUGGCCCUUGUUUCACUUUGUCAUACCUUGUGAACACUUUAACAUCUAAAGUUAUCUGCCAUUCUGUAUGAAAUUUAUAUGUGUCAUUUAACUCUUAGAACCCGAAAUGCCGCAAAACCGGCUUGACGUUGUAUCGCAUAUACCCGAAAUGUUGGUUUUGCGGCUUGGGGCGUGUCGUUUGAAUCGCGGCCUUAAUCAAAAUAAUUUAGCCAAUCAAAAUACAGUUUACCGUUUGCUCCGGGUCUGUUGGUAACAGUGACUUCCUUCUAGAUUGUUUACAUUUAGAUAUUAGCAAAUUAUUCGAUAUAACAUGUGUUCUAAACGUUUAAAUACAACGGAUGUGCUAGCUCUUAUAAUGGGCGAUAAUGACGAAGAUAUUAAUGGUUCGGAUUACGGCAAUGAGAGCGACUUUGAAAGUGAAUAUGAUUCAGAUUCUGACGAAAAUAAAGAAAAUGACAGCGAUGAUAACAUAAUAAACAUUCGUAAACAAGUUGUUAAUGUAAAUAAUAAUGAUAAUGUUGAUCUACAGCCUCUUCAGCACCCCGAUAUGGCCGGUGACAGAAAUAAUGGAAUGUGACGUGAUCGCGGUAUAAGCAGACUUCAUAGUAUGAAUAUUGUACCACCGUGGAGAUUGAAUAUGACUGGUUUUGUAUCACAGCACUUCAGGCCAAAUUUUCCAACAGGACCAAGGAAUAUACCAGUUCAUAUUAAUAAAGAUAGUACCCCAUUAGAUUUUUUUUCGAUCUUUUGGGACGAUACAGUGUGGGAACUAUUAGUUAAUGAAACAAACCGCCAAGCUGCUCAUGUGAAAACUACCAAACCAAAUAAUUAUGUGGCAAAGAACUGGACAGAGGUAACUUUAAAUGAAAUGAAGGCUUUUUUUGGUUGUCGAAUUACUAUUGAAUCACUCGUACAUAAGGAUAGAUAUGAACAGUACUGGAAAACUAAAGAUAAUCUUCUAACAGCCACUCCAGGUUUUCCGAAAAUUAUGUCACAAGACAGGUUCUUGGCGAUAUGGUCUAUGCUGCAUUGUGUAAAUGAAGAGGACCCAACUGUAGACAAAAUGGAUAAGAUCUAUAAGUCCAGACCAAUUUUUAAUUAUUUAAUUGACAACUUUCAACAUCACUUCGUUCCAGACUGCGAAUUAUCCUUGGAUGAAGGCAUGAUUCCGACAAAAAACUCAUUGUCAAUCAAACAAUAUAUAAAAGACAAACCAAUAAAAUGGGGUUUGAAGACUUUUUUAUUGACCGACAGUAAGCAUGGCUAUAUUAUGAAUGCAGAAGUGUAUACUGGUAAACGAGCAGAUGCGCUGACUGUCGAUAAUUUAGGAAUCACAGGAAAUUUAGUUGUUAGAAUGACUCAGGAUUUCCAAAAUCAAAACUACAUUUUGUUCAUGGACAGGUUUUAUACAUCUGUCGAGUUAGCUGAAUAUUUACUGAACAAAGGUAUUGGUAUGUGCGGAACUGCAAUGACAAAUAGAAAGGAAUUUCCUAAAUUCCUGAAGAGAACAAAUAAACAAAUGCACAGAGGUGACUGCGAGAUAGUUUAUAAUGGUAAUGUGUCUGCUCUGGUGUGGAUGGACAAAAGGCCUAUUUAUUUUGUGUCGUCUGUGUAUGUGGAUGCCCCAUUUACUUCUGUACCCAGGUAUGAUGCAAAAGAACAUAGGAGGGUCCCGGUUCCGUGUCCAGUGGUGGUGAAAGCAUACAACCAGUUUAUGGGAGGCACCGAUAAAAAUGACCAAAUGACGCGUCUCCAAAAGUGUCGACGACAUUAUAAAUGGCCACGACGACUAAUCAUGAAGUUUUUCAUGUGGGCUGCUUACAAUGCUUAUGUGAUUCAAGGAUAUUAUAAGUCGCAUAUGCAGUCUGCUCAUAGAAAUUUUACGUUUCACUUCUUUUUAGAGAAAUUGUGCCACCAACUUGUUGGCGUUGUCAGAAACAUGACACAGAAGGGUAGACGUCGGUCGGAUACAGAUCAGGAAAUUCGGCUUGGUGAUGUUGGACAACAUGUGUGCGAACGAGCGGAACAUGCAACAACCAACAAUAGAUGUGUUGUUUGCACAGAGAAAUACAGAAGGGCUAAAUUGAGUUGUCCUAAUACACUUGACAAAGACCUGCCUACCAAAUCCAGAACUGUAUAUUGGUGUACUUAUUGCAAGAUGUUUCUGUGUAUUGGUAAACCGGGUGCAAACUGUUGGCAUGAUUGGCACUCCAAGGUUAUGUAUUGGAGAUGAAACUGAAUAAAAAUUAAAUAUUGUGAUUAAAUAUCGUUGUUUCAUCAUUUCACACAAUUUUAAACACAUAUAAUAUCAAAUUCACACCUAACAUUUAGUCCCAAUCAAAAGGACGUCAUUUUUCCAAAUUCCUGCUGUAAAGUGAGGGUGGGGUAAUCAUAUAUUACAUAAUAUGGGAUCUAUAGAAAGCAUUUUGGGUUGAAGGGUAGUGCGAUUAUCUCGGGCAAUAAACACAGAAGGCUUGUAGAAUUAAUACACAUGUGGCAGCCACUGGUUUCAGUUUGUAGAACCUUGUCAACCCUCAAACAACAAAAAUUAUAAUCUGAUCUGUAUGAAAUUGUCUUGUAAAUGCCCCCAAUUACCUACAAAAGAAAAAAUAUGCGUCAACACUUGUCGACCGCUCAGACAAUUUAGCUGCUGUGGGCGUAUGUUUCGUUGCCUGGCAACCUAUCUUUAUUAAGGAUGUAAACUAAACAGCUACUCAGUUAACCGGUCACGGUUUGGUUGCACUGGUAAACUGCUUUAAAAAAUUACUAAUCAAUGUCAUAUCAUAUCUUACCUUCAAAUCAUUAAUGGUAGCCACAACAAUGUUUUCUUUCACUAAAGACCACAUAAAUACUUCAUAUAGCACUUGUCAUUUGUAAUAAAUCAAUAGUCUCGGUCACCCAGAACCGCCUAGUCUUCAACAUAGAGUGUUAGAUAUUGAACUAGCAUGCAAUCAAAUGGAUUUUUUGAAAUGACAUUCUUAAAUUAAUUUCAUGGGCGUAAACAUCUUGUUUUAAGUUAACUCCCUUAGACGUUGUUUAUGACAAUGUAAUAGACCGGAUUAUCUAGCCAAUUUUUCUCAAAUGUUGACAACACAUCCAGACUAAUAUUCGUAGAAUAUUUUUCUGGAUGAUAGAGACUAAUAAAUCAAAUGAUAUGGGGUUUAACAUCCUACUGUUCUGCUCCAACUGGGCUAAUGAAGACGGGCAUACAGCAUACAGUGUGCUAUGAGGGAAAUUUUGCCCAGACACCAGCACUACGGCCUACUCUUAUCAGGGCUUGAACUAGGAUCAUUUAACUACAAAAGAAAAAAUAUGCGACAACCUUUGUCAACCGCUCGGACGAUUUAGCUGUUGUGUGCGUAUAUUUCAUUGUCUGGCAUCCUAUCUUUGUUUAAGCAACACAUUUGACUUUGAUUAUUCUCAGAAACCAUUCAAGAUAUAUUGACGAAACUUCAUGGAACUUUGUUCAAAUUUGCAUCUUCUAGAACUGUUUUCAGUAAUUUGAUGGUAGUGCCAGUGGUGGUAAUUUGUAAUUGAACUCAAUUUAUGUCAACUGUAUAUUCACUUAGCAUAAGUAGCUUGUAACUUGUAUUUUGUUGUUGAUUACCAAUAACACAGAGGAUGUUGAUGACUAGGUAUUUUUGUCUGUAAUUGAGUUCUAUUUACU